UCAGUCGUUCAGCUAAAACAAAAACUCUUCAAAAUGUUCAAGUUGGUUGCUUUGUUCGCUAUCUUCGCCGUGGUCGCCGCCAAACCAGGUCUUCUUGCUAGCGCUCCAUUGAUCGCUUCGGUUCCAGCCGUCUCAUACGCUGCCCCAGCCACCGUUGCUUACGCCACCGCCCCAGUCUUGAAAACCAUUGUCGCCGCACCAGCUGUGUCCUAUGCCGCUCCAGCUGUCUCAUACGCUGCUGCUCCAGUCUUGAGAACUGUUGUCGCUCCUCCAAUCUCGUACGCUAGCACAUACUCAUACCGUGCCCCAGCUAUCGCCAGCUACGCCGCCACUCCAUUGGCCUACAACUCAUGGUAGAAACAUCCACUCUCUGAUGCAGACUAAAGCUUUAUCAUUUCAAAUCUGACUGAGUUUUCGAACUAAUCGCCGCAGAUUUUUAUUUUGAACACCGCAUUCUUUUGAUGUGGAUCAAAUGGUUAAACAACAAUAAA